AUGAGCAAGAGGCCGGCGACUCCUGGCAUGCGUGCGUCUCCCGCCCUCUCCAAGAAAAGUCGCUCUGCAAAAGUGUUCGAAAUUGAGUCGGAUUCCGAAGAUGGCGAUAAGCCCUACAGGCUGCGGGACGUCAGCGAUAGCGCUGGGACCCGUGACAUCCCUUCCCCCAGCACUGAUACCAGGAAGACCAACGCCUCUACGAAGGCCGUGGCGGACGUAGGCUUGACAACGGCCCAGCGACUUCAAGAGGCGCGCAAAGCCAGUGAGCAGUACAAGACGCUCGCGCACAAGCGCCUGAACAGGAUAGCUGGCGCCGUGGCGAAAGUCCAGCAAUCCGAUCAAGCCGUCGCUGCAGCCAAUGCCAAGAUGGAGGCGAUGGACGGCGAAGUCAGGGCGGCGAAGGCGGCUGCUGCAGUAUCCGAGGCGAAGGUCACUGUGUUACAGUCUGAGGUGGUAGAGUUGGCGUGCGAGUGCGAAGAUCUGCGCCAGAUGCAAGCUGCGCUCACGCAGCUGCUCGAGUGCACGGUGUGCUAUGCAUCGUCCCUUGUGGUCACUCUGCCUGCGGCUCCUGUCUUGCUAGAUGGUUUGCGGAAACGAAGCCCCCUCGCUGUCCUACUUGUCAAGCCCGAGCCACUGGUGUGCCGCUGCCCAACCAUAUGGUUACUGGGAGCGGUAGCAGUAGCGUAUGUAAACUACGAUGUCCCGUACGAGCGCGAUAUGAUCCUUCAUCCAACGACGAGCAAUCUCCCUCAAGAACAUCAUUGGAGACAUUCUGCGGCAAAGGAUGUACACGCCUUUGGACCAUACCGAGAGGUCGUCGUGCUUGGGGGCCCACGCGGUCGAGUCAGCUGGAUCAUCAUAGACACCCCACAGCCGGACAUGACGUCCCUCAGCAACCACGUCGAAUCCGAUGUUAUCCAGCCGAGUGUGAACCUGGCCAUCGAUGAAGCUGCUGAGCUGGGAGCUGAGGCGGGCAUAGACGUGGUAGCAGACGAGCGCAUCCUUGAAGGCGUCUGGAAAACAGAUCAAUACAAAGCUGGGGCGCAAUGGAAACGAGAGACGCGCACAAUCAAGUUGAGCAUCGCGCGUGAUCGAGCGGUAGAGUCAGGUGUGCUCACCAUCCAGCUCUUUGACGUCGAGUACGAGGAUGAUACGCGAGGUACAGAGUUGGAUAAGGCGAAUACCCAAUCGAGCCAGGAAGGUCGGGCUUGCAUGUGCAACCAGAGGCAUGGGAAGACUCGCCAGCCGCGACUGCUUCAACAGAGUACCGUAGUACUCUGUGUCCGUGCCGACGCCAGGCUCCUCGUGCAGAGCGUCGUCAGAGAAGUACUGCUGAAGAAGUAUGGCGGCAAUGAGCCGGUCGGUGACAUAAACUCUGAGCGCUGGCGAGAGCAUAGUCGACCAGCAAGUACUCGCUCCUUUAACUUGCCCUCAUCGACAGCCUCUGACUUGGAAACACCAGUUCUUCAUAUCAACUGGGUCAUGACAGAGCGUUUGCGGUGCAGUUUUUCCAAGCGGCGAGUUUUUCUCAUCAUGCAUGAGGACCGAUGGCUGAAGAGAGGUGGAACAGUGCCAAGGAGAGCGCUGUCGAGCGGCAUGUUGGAGACGGCGCCACCCGUGACAUCUGUGUUGGAUACUCGGCAGGAUGCGACUCAACGCGCUCCUUCUUUUCACAACAACCCGAGAGCGAGCUUGGAUAAUACCAAGGUUGCCACCAUUGCUCCGCUGCCAACGCCAACGCACCCGCACCCAUCCUAUAGCACCCAUCCCCUCCCCGUCGCCGAUCAUGCAGCCAAAGAUCGCCAUGAGACGCGCGUUCCAACCCCGCCUCUACAGACGGGUACGGAAGAAUCUCAGAAAAAGCAAGCGGAUGACCGCGUCCUUUCCGAAGCGCGUCCCAUCGUCGUCAACAAGCCGAACGCCAAGUCGGGCGCAGGCUCGAACACAUCUGCCUGCACCGGAGAACUCUGCCGAGUGAACCCCUCGCCCGGGAAGCUCAACCAGAAGUGCUCUCGACGCGUAUGCAAGGCCUGUUGCCAGCAUGUAAUGCGUAAUUCACCGGACACGGAAGGGCGGUGCGCGCUGAACCACCACAACCUUGCUCGAGACACGCCGGAGAUCGAUGAAGAUAGAGGGUUGCGUCGGCGUGGACGCGGACCGGUGCCUCCGCCUAGUGCUGUCGCUCAGCGCCCGGACGGUGACACGCGCGCCAUCCGGCUUGAUUCCCAUGCAGGAUACGUGGCUUUAUCUUGGGAAAGGACUUUGGCCGACAGCUCUUGGCAGCGAACUCCCACUGACGGACUAGAUGCGCGCAAAGAGCGUAGAGCACUGGAUAGCUCCGUCCAAGUCUAUUGGUGGCUUCAUAACGACGAAGAGCCAGCCAAGAUGUCGCUACGGACGGACGGGCAUGCGACCUUUCUGCCGUCUACGUACGCAGAGCAGAUGAGACGGCUGGUCCCGGACAUGCCUACGGACCUUUCAGUCUUUGGCGCCUACAACGUCGAGAUCUGCGAGUGGACGCAGACGGAGCUGGCACAGAAGAUACCGUACCAGCGGGUACUCUUCCUCCGCAGUUCCUGCGUGAGACGAACGCCGGGCCUCGAGCAAAGGGUCAGCACACAAUUCAAGCUCGGCGGAGCUACUCCUGGCAGCGUUUGCACACCAACGCACUCGGCGCCCAGCAGGAAGACGACACCAACACCGAUGUUCUUGGGUCGCAUGGCUGACUCAUACGAGGCCAGAAGGUCGGCGCAGCGCGACUGCGUCCCAGAUCCAAGACGAAUGCUCGCCGAGGACUCGGGCGCUCAGAUCGUCCCCGAGUAUGGGCUCGGCAUCGAGGACGUCGCUGUCUCCUCGGAAGAGGGGACGAUCAUGCACCCCGUCUCCGCGCGCCUCGCUCAGCCGGACAGAUCCGUCUCGCUCUGUCUCUCCCAAGAAACGAGUACGCGGUUGGUCUCCUCCUUCACCAUCUCCGUCUCCCGGAACCCCUACCAAGCGCACUGUCUCUCCCAAGAAACGCGUACGCGGUUCGUCUCCUCCGUCACCAUCUCCGGCUCCCGGAACCCCUACCAGGCGCUCUCUUGGGUCGUCAUUCUUCCCAGGAGGAAAGUUCCCCACCCCUCGAACGCCUCACCCAGUGACUGA